UUUGAUCAGACAGUUGUGUGUUUUACCAAAACCAUCGCCGUUUACUUCAUUUAACUUGGUUUCUGUUUGGUCAACAAGUGAAGCUUGUUGAAGAGAUCCACUAACGGAGUGGUGUGCAGCUGGUCUGAGAUGGCAGACGCAUCAGGACGUGGUUUUGAGGCGGAGCCUCUGAAGGGUGAAGAGGCAGAAGGGGGCGUGUCUAAGGAGAAAAGCUGCACAGAAAAGCUGUGCUUGUCACACCUGACGGGGUGGCGCACGGCUGCAUUCCUCCUCUCUCUCUUCCUGUGCCUGGUGGUUGUUUUUGCCUUUUCAUUCAUCCUUCCCUGCCCCGUACGGCCGCAGUACCUGCCCACCUGGAACCGCACGCUGCCUGAUGCAGCCACGUAUGAUUUCCUGGCUGUUGAGGACGCCAAUGAAGACAAAGCCUUGGAUGUGUUGUUCAUCUACAAGGAUGCUGAAGCUAGCCGUAACACAUGUUUGAGUGAAGAUUUAUCUAUCCCAUGUCUGGUUUUAACGGCUGUUGAUGGCACUGAUGGGAAGACGCUUUGGGAACGACCUCUAGCUGCUGAAUUUGAUUGGCUGGAGUGUGGUGUAAAGGGCCUUGGACUUCAAGGAACAGGCUGUCUGGUUGCUCACGCGGACAAUCUCACAGCUAUCGAUAAAAAGACAGGUGUGAUCAGGUGGCAGCAGUCGCGUUCUACUGUGCUGAAGGGAAAUCUCCCACUGAUCAGUUUUCCGGAUCUGAAUGCUGAUAAAGCAGAGGACUUUGCCAUACUUUCAUAUAAUCCUGAAGCGUAUAACACCUGUGCUGAAGACUUCGUGAUAGUGUUCAUUGUGAUCUGUUCCCUCUUUCAGCUGGUGUUUUUCUCAGGGAAGUCAGGGGAUCAGAUCGGCUCAGAGGUGCAUGUUGAUGGGAACGGGGUGUUUGGUCACCAGCAGUUCAAAACAGCCAGUGGCGCUCCAUACCUGCUGUUACUCAAAAAAUCUGGGCUCUAUGCGGUCAGUUUGCGCCGUCUGGCAGCUCUGGCCGAUCUGGAGUCUGCGCUGAAGGAUGAGAAAAGCUGGGAGGAAAAAUCCGACACACACACUGGAUUGAUCUCCCUCUAUCAGUUUGAUUCUCUGAAGCAUGUGAUGGUUGUUCCUGGCAGUAGUUCUCCAUCACUGCUGGUCCAGACGGACUCCAGCGUGUCGCUGCUGCACACAGACAAACUGAAGAUCGCAUGGACCACAAACACCAGCACUCUGCUCAGUGUGCCAACAUUUGGGCAAUUUGACAAAGAUGGAAUUCCAGAUAUAAUGAUAGAGGAAGACGUUGGCAAUAAAACCAAAAGAGUAUUGGUUCUCAGUGGAAGCUCUGGAGUGGUCCUGUGGGAGGUGAAUCUGUUGUUCUGGACUCCGAGUCCUCAUCCGGCGUCUGUCCUCACAUUGAACACCUACUCAGUGUUCAUGCUCUGGGGACAGAGUCACGGCAACCAGACCAAUGAGAUGCAUUCAUCAUUCCUGCUGCAUCCUCGACUUUCCCAGCUGCUGCUUGAAAGAAGAAAUCCUGCACAGAACAUCAUCUCUUUUAAGGCGACGCUGUUGGAGCGAGGCCGCCACGCCUGUUACCUCGUUCUGACGGGACCAGAUGGACGACAGCACACAGAACCAGGCGAGACGGAGCCAGUGAUUCUGACCAAGCGCAAGAUCAAGGAUGAUGUGUCGGAGAGCGGCGCUCUGAGAGUAACAGCUGAUGAAUCGAUCACUGAAGAGGAUGUGAAGCAGGAGUUCUACAGGCUGCGCUUCAGUGAUGCACUUUUCUGAAACACAAUAACACAGUUUAUAUUUAAACACUAAUUUUCAA